AUGGGAAUUGUAGUUUUAAGCAAAGUUUAGCAACCGGCUAACUACCAACUUCCCAACGGCUGUUCCUGACUACUGUCGCCUACAACUUCAUAAUGCAAAACGGGCUGCGCAUAGAUGGCGGAGAGCAAUGACUGAAGAGUUCGAUGAAGAUGUGGUAUUUGAGAACUCUCCUCUUUUCCAGUACCUGCACGAUCUAGGGCACACAGACUUCGAGGCAUGUCCAACAGCAUCGCAGGAAGAGGAAUAUGGUGGACAAGAGGGAGACCUCCCGUCUCCAGGCGAAGACCAACAGAAAACUUCGGGAGGACCGUUGUGGAGACUCGCUGAGGCCCUGUGGAGAUGGAGCCCGAUUCACCAGGCGGCUGCAUCUCAUAAGCUGGAGCAGCAACUGGACUGUGUGUUCGGCCAGUACUCUGUGAGGUGCAUUCUGGACCAGGACGUCCUGCUCCAGGAGGAUGUGGAGCUGAUCGAACUGUUAGACCCGAGCCUGCUCACCCUCGCCUCACCCUCUGGCUCACCCAGCCGAGGGAACACCCUGCCCAGACCGAGCCUCAUCGCCAGGCCCUCCCUAUGGGACAUGGCGGGUCUGGUUGGCCUGGCUGCAGUGCUGCUGGGUCUCUGCUCCGUAUCGGAGGGCCUGUGGUCUUUGGCUGCUGCCCCGUGGGGCCUGGCCCUGCUGGGCUGGGCAGGGCUGAGGGGGCUCACGCUGUGGAGACGGGGCCGCAUGCAGAGGGCUGUCCAUGCCAGGGCCAUGCAGCUCCAGACUCUGGUCCACAACAGCAAGACUCUGACCGGCCUGUCUCGCAAAGCCCUGCGUCUGGUGCAGGAGACCGAGGUCAUCUCCAGAGGGUUCACCCUUCUGCUCGACAGGGUGAGUGCGGCCAGCUCCUUUAGCAGGGCGGGGCCGGGGGCGGUGCCACGCGGCCAGCAGCUGAUCGGACUGAGGAAGGCCUUGUACCGGGCGCUCCGCUCGGCCUUCAGAGCCUCACGUCGAGCCACCUGUCACAUGCUCAAGGCGUUUCCUCUGAACUCUGAGAUUGAUAAUGUGACCAACUACGUGUCUGCGGUGCCUUUGAAGGAGCUGGGUCUCGGCCUGGGAAUCGAGCAUCUGGGUGACGAGCAGGCCCAGGAGCUGACGGACGACUACAGCCUGCCUGCUCUCAAGAUGCUGUUCCAGCUGUGGGUGGGGCAAAGCUCUGAAUGUUUCCGUCGACUGGCCCUUCUACUGUCCCCAUGCCGAAUAGAGGAAGAGGGUGAGAGCACGCUCAAAGGAGAAACCUCCCCUCCUCCUCCUCCCCUUCCUUCUCCUCCUCCUCCUCCACCGCUGCACCGGUCCGUCGCUGCAGUGACCGAGCCACUCCAUCACGCUCUGGCCAGCUGCCUCGGCGAAGUGCAGCGAAGCUACGACUUCCACCGACACUUCGAAAUGCAGCCGAGGGCGACGGGCUCCGAGAGGACCGGACGAGCCAGGGAGAAAUGCCGAGAGCUCAACACCCUGCACACUUCCAUCAGAAGCCUGCAGCUGCACCUCAAGGCCCUGCUCAGCGAAAUGAUCAUCCUGGAGGACGACCUGGAGAAACUGAUGGUGUCCAAGGAGCUGACGGAGCUGACGUGCGAGGGCUACCGGGACCUCAGCGACCGGCUGCACCAGCUGCAGCCGCACAUGCAGGCCAGCGCUGGUUGCUGGGAGGACACCAUCAGCCAGGUGGAGCGCAUGCUGAGACGGGCCAACGCCUGUCCAGGUAAUGCCGAGGGUGUGGAGCAGUGUGGUACUCCUGAAUCCGAGAUUCCUGCUCCUCCUCCAUCAUACCCCUUGAUCCUGGACAAAGACCCUGUGCCAGAGGAGCUGGAGUGGGAGGCCUAUGUGUCUGACUCAGACUCUGACGGCGAAGGCAGAGGGUCCUGGUCCGACAUGUUGUCACCGGAGGAACGGGAACGUCAGCGCCGGGAGAGGGAGGAGUCUCGUCGCGUCCUGUCGGAGCUGAAAGCUGUCCUGGGCUUCCGUGCGUCAGAGGGGGAGAGGAUGAAGAGGAAGCAGCUGCUCUUCAACGACCAAGCUGCUGUGACGCCUUCAGCUCACGCCGAGAGUUCAGAUCCCGCCACCAAACUGUCAGACGCUCCGACUUCUGUAAGCUCAGGAGAACCUGCCGAUGAGGAGGGGAACCACCUAUCAGAGCGCCCGGCAGGAAACAGAGGGGAGGAAGAGGAAGGAAGAGGCAACAGGAUGAGGCCCGACCCCUCCACUGAGCCAACGAUGGAGUUCAGCUGCGGUUUGGAGGCGGGGGAAGGGGAGCUCGGGGGGGACUCGGUCUGCGCCAGAGGAGGAGGAGGUGCGUCCGAGCUGCACCAGUACGACGGGGUCCUGGAAGAGGGGGAGUCCCAGAACGGUCUGGACUGCUUCCUGAAGCCCAAAGUCCCCGCCGUCUCUGUUAUGGACAGACUGACGGAGAUCCACGGCUCGGAGGCUCUCAGCUUCAGUUCCGCCCUUGCCGCUCAGGUGGCCGCGCGCUCGCACUCGCUCAUCAACAUGGAGGAGCAGACGUUUGGAGAUGACGGGGAGGAGGAGGAGGAGGAUGAAGAGGAAGAGGGCAAAGAGGAGGAGGAGAGCGACAGACGAACCCCAGAGAAGGACUAAAAAUGAAAACCCGCUGCUUUAACUGAGCACUGAGCAGAGACUGUAUUUAUGUCUGAUUAUCUUUUAUCGAUCGGUCUGUGUUACAUCUUAACUGUUUCUGCUGUGAAGAUAUUUCAGAUUCACUCUCUAUUUCCCGUCCGUCCAUGUUACUGUACAUCACCCAUGAUUCUUACUGCUCUUUUGCUGUUAAAACUCAGGUACCAGAACCACUAAAACAAAACAUGACCUUGCAGUGUUGAGGUCAGAAGACCAGAACGUCUGCAGUUUACUUGGCGACAUCCACAGCAUAGUGUAAAGUGUUCACAGUCGCUCAGUAGAUGUGGAAACAAAGAUUGUAAGCGAUCGGCUUCAUACAUGGAAAACGGUUUUAAUCGCAGCUUUCUCUCAUGUCACUGUAAUCAGACCAGUCCAGUCUGAGUCACUGUUAGAAAAGGUUGAGAUAUCAGUGGUAAUUCUCUAAAGGUGUGUUCAGACAGAAAGCAAAUAAAGACGCAGACGCAUUAGAUGCAAAUUUGCCCGAGUGACACAAAGACGUGUCUGCACAUGUUGGAAACGUUUCAUGUCAAGCGAAAACUCCAGGCUUAUCCCAUGACUUUAUGAACCUGCUUCAUACAUGUACUAGAGACUAGAGGGAAAUUAUUUUACCCUGGGUUUCGCCUCUCAGGCAACACACAAGGUGUUCUACUGAAAAAUAGUGGAGCAGAAGAAUAAAUCAGUGUAAAACUGAAAUACUCACAUGAUGUACAAGACCCUUAAAAUGAAAACAGUACUUGAGUAAAUGUCCACUGCUGUAGCUGGUACUUAUGAUGUAUUGGGGCCAAUAAACACAAAUUAGUGUGAGAGGCACAGGGUGAAAAUUCACUUUGCUUCCUGUCGGAACACCCCUGACAGUUGAACUCAGCCAACCUUAAUUCUUACAAGCAGACACUAAAGUGCAAGAAGAGGAGGUGGGGAUGCUAUUUUUACUCUCAGCCUUUAUUCCUGUCCCUUUUCCUGCGAUCCAUCUCUUGAUUGGACACAAUGGGGUAAAGUGGCAGAACAUAUAUUCACAAUCCUAUUUGCAGUUACAUAUUUGGAAUACUAAUGCGUCUGAGAACAAUUCAUGAAGACUGAAACAAUCCUGUUGUCUCAGCGUCUGUGUUUACAGGGGCACACUCAGCGGAAAGGUCAGGAAGCCUUGUUUGAAUUUAAUGAACUGUGCUGCUCUGAGGUUUAAAAUCAAAUACCUGUCUGUGUGCAGGUAUGGUGACAAAAGAAGAAACUGAUUUUCUCUCAUGUGAGGGCAAUCUGUAACUUUUAUGUUUCAUAUGAAGAGUCUGACAGCCCUGAUGUAUGCCUCCACCUCUCCAUGUCGGCCUUGUCCUGCCUCCCGUUCCCCCACCCGGACCUCUCCCCCGGGGAUGAGGUCUACCCCUCCUCCAUUUUCCAACGUGAAAUAAAAUACUGUUCUGGAA